GCAACGUAUCAAUAGUAUUAGUCCUGAUACUUCAACUAAUUAGAACAUAUUUAGCAUUACAAUUAGGGAAAGAGUGGAAAAGUAUUACACAAAAAAAAUGUAUACAGCUCUAAAGAAAUUCACUUGAAGGAUCUCUCAAAGACAUCACUUUAGUAUUUACUAUUUAGGUGCAGUAAAUUCUAUGGAUACCAUGGCAUGUAAUAAAGGGCAACAUGUGAGAAAAGCGAAGAAGAAGCAGGUGAAAGACGAAUUGGAUCGUCUGAAACAGGCUGAGAAGAAGAAGAGGCGCUUGGAAAAAGCACUUGCUACUUCUGCAGCCAUUAUUUCUGAACUGGAGAAAAAGAAACAGAAAAAGAAAGAAGAGCAACAGAGACUCGAUGAAGAGGGUGCUGCCAUUGCUGAGGCUGUUGCUCUGCAUGUUUUACUCGACGAAGAUUCGGACGAUUCCUGUAAGGUUGUGAUAGAUAAUGGUGAGUGCAAGACCUGGAACUGCAACCGAAAUCUCGGCAUCUCUGUGGGUGGAGAAAGUGGUUGCUUCCCUCAUCUAGACGGUGGCAGAUGGUCUUUUGAAAGAGUGGGUUGGGUCUCUGAUGCAUACAGAUAUGGUUGCAAGUGGGGUGGUGGUGAAAAUGGAGAAUGGUCAUUCUCAUCAGACCCUUUUGAGAAAAACGUGAACGAACCACUAUAUGAAGGUGCAGGAUGGGGACCUGCAGGUUUCUCUGCUGAUCUCAUAGCAGCACAAGCAGUUUCAGCUCUGCAGAUUGCUGAGGAAGCAGAUGAAGAUAGGAUUCUGUUUUAAGUUUUAAGGGCAUGCAUGCUGAGGUGAUAGAAAUUAAGAAUCAUAGAAACUAAGAAUAACUGUUUGUGGUGGUGACUGGAUGAAGUCUUUUGCUGCUUUGAUUGAAGAUAUAUAUAUGCGUGUAUAUAUACAUAUGAUGUUAUAACUAUGAGUCUUGUCCAUGUCAAACACUUUCUGCUUCAGUUGGGAUUGAAAUGUUGCAGCAGUGUGUCCAAUGUUUUAUUAUUGAUUAUCUUUUAACUUUAUGUUAAUGUGAGGCUUCUAAUUUCCUGUUUGGAGUGACUUUUUGAACUGAUUUCGAAAAAUACAAGAACACCAGUGGACCCUCAUCAUUUUGAUACUA